AUGGCGCUUGUAGUGGUGGACUCAUUUACGAAGUGGCUUGAAGUGAGGAACGUGCACUCAGCUUCGUCGAAGACUGUAAUCCGAGAACUGAGGUGGAUCUUUUCCACGUCCGGUAUCACGGAAAAGAUAGUUUCGGACAAUGGUGCGACUUUCGUUUCCGCUGAAAUUAAGGAUUUCUACAAGAGCAAUGGUAUCACCCUGAUGACUAGUGCACCAUAUCAACCGGCUACCAAUGGCCUGGCGAAGAGAAUGAUUGCCGAGGCAAAAACGGCACUUCGGAAGUAUACUCAAGGGUCGAUUGAGUGCCGACUGGCUCGUUUUCCUUUUAAUCAGCAUUCAACUGUCAGCGCCAGCACAGGGGAGACACCAGCUGUUCGGAUGUUUGGACGAGAGUUUCCCUCGAGUCUGGACUUGCUUCGUCUUAAAGGGAGAACAGCGUACGAAGACAGGUAUUUGUCAAGAGCCAGAACAUUGACACCGCAGCAGAGGGUCUGGAUACGCAAUUGUAAUGGCACCCAGGCCUGGAUACCAGGGAACCUUGUUUAG